GUUACAGUCUGAGCUCAGAUGCAUUUGGAUUGUGCACAAAUCUGCUGCUUCUCCAUUGGGCACAGUUCUGCUGUGUCUCGAGGAUCGAAUGCAGCUCUCUGUUCCCCGAUCUAGUUUAGGAGAUGUGCAAGAAAGCGAUCUGCAGAGGAGUAACCCUGAGUGCCUGGUCAGCAGCAACAGCACGCACCUUCUGGUAGAGAUCCCACUCAUUGGGGGUGGAACCAGGGAACAGGGAAACCCGUCUUUCUUCACCUUCACCAAUAGAAUAGUUAGUCAGCACAGAGGAGUGUCAGCACCUGCAUUUAAGAAAACCCUUGCCAUCCCAGUGAGCUGCAAAUACCAACAGGAGGAGAGUGGCAGCACCUACUGCCCCUUUGCAAGCCCGGCAGAUCAAGGAUUUGGCAAUGUCAGCUUUGACAUUAGGUUCAGCAGAAAGACCUCAGAUGGGAUGAGACUGCUGGAGCGGGGGGCUUCUAUUAAUUCCAGUGUCAAUGACCAGUUAUUUAUCAGCGUGUCAGCUAAGAGUGACCUGGCUGAUGCCCACUUGAUUGUGCAGUCCUGUCAGGUGCUGGGCAACCAGGACUCUUCCAGUGGCUUCUUCAUCAUACAACAAGGUUGCUUGAAUUACAAGGCAGCCAAAGAAGUGAGUUUGGAAGACUCCAAGGACAAGGUUUACAGCCUCAGGCUUGCCUCCAUAGCAGACGUGGUUCCUGAGGUGUUUGUAACUUGUGAUGUGAAGCUGUGCUGCAGCCCAAGCAAAUUCAGGCUAUGUCCUUCAGGGUGCAAGUCCUUUAAAAGCCACAAUGCCCUGAGGAACAUGCUGGAGACAAAGAUCUAUCGGAUCAGUGCUGGGCCCAUCCGGAUCAGCAAGAGCCCCUCCAGUGGUACCAACUACACUGCCUUGGUGGUGGGCAUUGUGCUGGGAUGCACAGUGAUGUGUGUUGUCUUCCUGCUGGUGAAGAAGUCAUUUGUGGGAGUGCCACACAGGAACGUGUCCUUAAGAACAUAGGACCAUUGCUGCAAGGGGCCUCAAAGGAAUUAGGAAAUUUGAGAAGACACCUUUGCCCUUUCCUCAUUCAGAUUCACCACUGUAAACAUCUCAGCUGCAAGUAAAUUGUGAAAAGCUUCACGAUUCCCAAUACAGAACAGAGAACAAAAUAAAAACCCUCUUUUGUAGAAGCCAUCCUGCAUACAGAGCUGGAAGCACAGCCUCUGCUCUUGGUAACUAGCAGUGGUGGUUCAGUGGGUAGUAAGGGCUUGCCCACUUUAUGGCUUUGGUAGGCUAAAUUCAUUGCCAACAUGCACCAGGGACUCCACCCACCCUCCAAAGUUGCUACUCUCACAACCCUCUUUAUUUCAGUGAUUGCCUGUAAUUCUCCCACCCCACACAUCUCUCUUCAUGCCAGUACCUGUGUGCCCUCUUUUCCAUCAGACUAAAUCCCUUUCCCCCUACAUCAAGGUACGACAGGAGGCCUGUGUUCACUCCCUUCCUUUAUUCAGUGUUGAGAUGUUCAACUCAAAUGGACAGAAAAGAGAUGAGCAUUUCUAUGCUAGGUGUUAAUGCCUUCUUUCAUCAAUCUUUUUUUUUUUUUUGCUCAAAAGGCAAUCACACAAGUGACUAAAGCAGUCUGAUGGCAAGUGCUCUAUACGCUCCAUAUUUCCCUCCAAUUCCCACACCCCAGUCAUUAAGGUUCUGUUCAUUAACCCCUUCAACAGUCCCUGACACUACAGAACCACACACAAUGUUUAAAAAUUACUACACUGUAUUUCAACAAAUACCAUCAAAUUGUCUGAGCUAGAAGGUACUGCACACAAGGCAGCACUCCCAGGUUCUUGUAAAUCAAUCCCAAGAGUUGAAGAUGUCUGUCCCUCCAAGCAGGCAGACACACAUCUUGUUCUAGGAAGUAACUUCUCCUGAACUUAAAAAAAAAAAAAAAAAACACUGCUGAAGAUUGCAAAAAGAGCACAAUAUUGGAAUUUGUGGGAUUCCAUAGGAUUUUUAAAUGCUUUGGAAAUUCAGGUGCUGGGCCGUUUGCUUGGGGCAGGAGUUCUAACUUAUGUAUGCACCAUGGUGGGGAAUACGAAGAUCACAAUCAAGCGACACAAGAGUGGUUUAUGUUCUGGAAUCCCUGUGGACAUUGGCUAAAAAUAAAGUGAAAACCCUAACACUUCAGUUCCAGCUCUGGUCUGUCAAUGACUUGUCUUUAGUAAGGCAUUAGCUCACCUUUGAGUUACUUUACUUGAUAGCAGUCACAAUUUGGUACAGUUGGAUUGACAAAUCAUAAAUUGUGCUAACUCAAGCAGUAAUGUGUAGUCCCUUUCCCACCUCAUUACUAGUUUGAGCUUCUAGUCAUGUCCUCUGAUGAGCCAGCUCAAAUUCAAAAUGUCAAACUUGACCUAGAGAUGGGUGUUGGGUCAGGAGCACUUAAAUUACACCAGAAUCUAACACUACAGUAAAGACAAGCACUUAAAAUUAAUGAUUUGCUUGAAUUACUGAUGCUCAUGUAAAUGACUGGGUCUCCAAAAAGUGUCCAGUGUUCACCAGCAGGCUGUAAAGCACUUUUUGAUGGGCAAGACAGCCAACUAUUUUGAGUAGGCAGUAGAAACAAGAUCUAUGAAUUUUAAAGACAUUCUCAUCAUUUCAGCUCUUCAUUAUGCACACCACUUUGAGAACCAAUAGUGCUAUCAAUAUUCAGGGCAAUGUAAACCUAUCCAAAUGCCUAAGAGGGGCUAAGUUAAAAAGCUAUCCUUCUGAACUGCUGGAUUCUGCAUGAAGAGAAAUAAGUUGAUGCCCUCUCAUUUUGGGAUGAACCUAGAGAGGCUAGCUCUCAAUAUUUAUUUCUCCUUCCUACUCAAGCUUGUAAAAGCCUGCCUUUUGAAAAGUGAGAAUACACCUAAAAGCUGUGUUCACCCUGGAUUAGGCAUAGGAGCUGCCUAUCAUAAUGACUGGUACUGUCUUUCUGUUUCCACGUGCUCUUCCAUCAACAGAUGCUGUUGCCCUGAAGUUAGACUAUGAGCUCUUUGUAGUGGAAACCCCUCCAUUUUGCUCCGUCAGUCCAGUGCCAAGAGCAAAAGGGUCCUAGACAGAUGACUCUGGCCCCCAAGGUAGUUUGCUAUUGCAGUACCAUUUCUCUCUCAACCUGAGGUAAAAACCUGGCAGACAUUUUUUGGUAGUGAAUACAAGACCUCAUACCUCAACAACGCCUGGCAUUAUGGUGUCAUCUCUUUUGUCAUAAUCUAGUGCAGAGUGGCCAACCUGCAGCAUCUGUACUAGAAGUGACUGAACAGCCUGUGUGGCACAACAGCAGGUAGGGGAGCAGACAGACAGCACAGCAGCAGAUGGGGCAGGUAGCACAAGGCAGAGCAACAGAUCAGACAUAUGAAGGGGAUCAGAGUGCCAAUCUGGUAGGGUACAGGACUAGUGCAUGACACCACACCCAGUUAGUAAGAUCAUCUUCCUACCACCUCCUACAUCAGCAGACCCCCCUUCACAGUGUCCCAUCCUGUCAUUCUCCAUUUACUUUAUCAAAUUCCAAGGCUCUUUAAUUAAGGCCUUCACCUGCCUUUUCCUACUUAGCCACCUUUACUUCUAACUGCACAGCGCUCUGCUCUGCUCUGCCAGCCUUGCAACACUGCCUCUCCUGGCUCCAUCCUGUACAAACUCUUAGCUAGCCUCUAAGGGUACACCUCUCCCCUCACUGAAAUCCCCCCUUCAAACUGCCUCUUUAGUAAGCUAUUUAAAAUAAAUUAGCUAAAAAAGCUCACGUAGAAAGACCAGACAGGAAGACUGCUCUAAAGAGUAUAACCCACAACUUGCCCAAAUAAGAGGAUUUGGGCAUUUGGCUCCCUCAGUGUCUGAAGCCAAUUCUAGACAGAUUUUGUACUGAUUUAAUUAUUUUGGUUAGAGUGCCCUGCUCCAACACUCUAGCCAUAUAUAACAGGAGUCAUAUCAAGACUCAGGUAUAUCAGUAUAAAAGUGCCUUGUAACAGAAUAGAUAUUUCUGGAUGGGAAAGAUAAGCUAUACUUAUAUUAACACUUCUGAAGGGUCAUCAUCACUGUGCUUAGGAGAUGGGGAGCACUGUAAAACUAAUCAGCAGCAGUAUCAUUAUGCAGUAGCCUUGUGUGCAGACUAGACUUUUAUCAGUUCUGAAGCUGGAGCUUUUACAAUGCCUCCAUGCUACCAACUUCCAAAGCAGAAGGCCACUAAAAGUUAACUCAUUCCCACGAUCCAGAAAUGUACUUCCUCUAUGGCAAUGCAACAAUGACCUAGCUACACACAUAAAUUGUAAUCACUGCUGUAUAUUUACUGGAUGCAUUUAAUGUCUGUAGCAGCCUGAGUGCUCCACUUACGUUCAGAAUUCUGAAGUCAUUUGACAGCUGAACGUACACCAGAUCCAGUGAAGCAAUCACACACUUGGGGAAGAUUUCCUUUUCACUGCACAAAGGGCUGAUUAAAAAGUUAAACAGUGUUUCAACUGACGCUGCAGUGGAAUCAUAACAUGUGUUCAGAGGAGAUGCUGUCCUGCACAAAGAGUUGCUCUGUCCACAGAGUUGCCACAAUGUCUGCCACUAUUUAUAGGUCAUCAUAAAAC